AUUUUUCUUGCCCCAUUUUCUAGGAGCCGCCCUGACACGAAUUUGGUGAGCAGCAGCCUAUGCACAGACAUUGGUUCCCAUGAAACUGUUUCCCCAUGCUGUCAAGAUUCCUUCCAUAUCCAGAAAAGAAUGCUGCAGUCUCAGGAAGCCUCUUUUGCCACUGUCUAUUUCUUCAUCCUCAAACCACUCCUCUGCCAGCAGUGGCUCUCAUUUCAUCUUCUUACCUGAAAUCGUCCCUAACCGCCGACUAUUGUCGUUUUUACAGCAAUUCUCUACAAACAUUUUCUGGGUCGCAUCAAUUCAUGCGCAGAUUAUUGUAAAUUCUCUAUCAGCUGACCCUAUUCUGGCCACAAAGCUAGUAAAGGCGUAUGGUGAUUUGGGCUCUCUUGAAUCUGCUCGCAAUGUGUAUGAUCAAUUUACGGACCCAGAAGUAUUUCUUUGCAAUGCUAUGAUGAAUGAGUUUUUGAAAAGGGGGCAGUACUCUAAGGUGGUUGACCUCUUUCUAAUGAUAGGUAUCUUAGAAACAAGAAUUGAUAGUUGCACUUGCACAUUCAUGCUCAAAGCCUGCAGCGCCUUACCAAAUUAUUACGAGACUGGGAUGGAAAUUGUUAGGAGGGGUGUAGGUCGUGGAAUGCAUAAUGAUCGUUUUUUUGGGAGUUCUAUGUUAAAUUUCUUGGUGAAAUAUGAACACCUUGAUUAUGCACAGAUUUUAUUUGAUGAGAUGGAAAAUAAGGAUGUUGUGUGUUGGAAUUCAAUGAUGGGAGGUUAUGUGAAAACCAAUCAGUUUGAUAAGGCGUUUCAACUGCUUUUAGGGAUGCAUAAAUGUAACAUUGGACUUAGUACUGUAACUGUGGUGAACUUGAUUCAGGUAUGCAAGGCGAUGGGAUGUAUAAGAGUAGGAAAAUGUACUCAUGGACUUACAGUUCAGUUGGGAAUGGGAAAUGAUGUUAAAGUGCUAACGUCAUUGAUCAAUAUGUAUAGUAUGAUGGGUGACAUUGAAACGUCUUCCCUUGUUUUUGAUAGAAUGCCUACUAGAACUCUGGUUUCUUGGAAUGCAAUGAUCUCAGGAUGUGUUCACAAUGACUUGGUUCAUAAAUCACGUGAAUACUUUCAUGAAUUAGUAUGUCAUGGGAUCAGUUUUGAUUCGGGAACUCUCGUUAGCCUCCUUCAAGGUUGCUCACAAGUGGCUGACAUGGCAAGUGGCAAGAUACUUCAUGCUUACAUCUUACGACGAAGUCUAGAGUCAAGUAAUAUUUUAUUUACAGCACUUCUUGAUUUAUAUGCCAAGAGUGGAGAACUCACGAAGGCAAAUUAUGUUUUUACUGCAAUGAAAGACAAAAAUGUUAUUACAUGGACUGCUUUGCUCGUGGGACUAUCUCAAAACGGAAGAGCGGAGGAUGCGUUGAAGCUAUUCUGUCAAAUGCAGGAAGAGAAUGUUGCUGCAAAUUCUGUGACUCUGGUUGGUUUGGUCUACUGUUGUGCCCAUUUGGGGUCCUCACAGAAAGGAAAAAGUGUUCAUGCUAAAUUAGUUCGUUCAGGUUAUUCUUUUGAAAUUGUGAACAUGACAGCUUUGAUUGAUAUGUAUGCCAAAUGUGGCAAAAUAAGUGUAGCCGAAAGGGUGUUCAAUACUGUAGUGGAUCGUGGAGAUGUUAUUUUGUUUAACGCUAUGAUAACAAGUUAUGGUAUUCACGGUUUUGGGCACCAAGCUAUAAGCAUAUAUGACCAAAUGAUGUAUCGGAGAGUCUCUCCAAAUCAAACUACAUUUGUUGCUCUUCUAGCAGCAUGUAGUCACUCUGGGCUCGUGGAAGAGGGUACCUAUUUAUUUGAGAAGAUGAAAAGUGAACAUAAAGUUGAGCCAUCUGAAAAGCAUUAUGCUUGUUUGGUUGAUCUUCUUAGUAGGGCAGGGCGUCUUGAAGAUGCAGAAGAGUGCAUUAAAAAUAUGCCGUCUCAGCCUGGCACUACUGCUGUUCUUGAAGCUUUACUCAAUGGGUGUCGUUACCAUAAGAAUAUUGAUAUAGGCUUGAGAACUGCAGAUAAGUUGCUUCACCUAGACUCCACAAACCCUGGUAUAUAUAUUUUACUAUCAAAUAUAUAUGCUGAGGUAAAGAGAUGGGAUGUAGUAGAUUAUAUUCGCAGCACCAUGAGGACUCACAGAUUAAAGAAGAUUCCAGGGUACAGUUCAGUUGAAAUAAAAAAUCAGGUCCAUACUUUUUUUGCUGGCGAUAAUUCGCAUUUGAACUGGGAAGAAAUUCAUCAGUUCUUAGAAGCUUUAAAAUCAGUGAUAGAAGCUUCUGGGCAUGUACCGGACACUAGCUGUGUUCGUCGUGAUGUUGAUGAAAAGAUGAAAGUGAAGUUAUUGUGGGGUCAUAGUGAGAGAUCAGCUAUUGCAUUGGGACUUCUAAGCACACCACCUGGAAGUGUGAUUCGCAUAACAAAAAAUCUCCGUGUCUGUAAUGACUGCCAUAUGGUUACAAAAUACAUAUCACAAAUAGUACAAAGAGAGAUUGUUGUGAGAGAUGUCAAUCGAUUCCACCACUUUAGGAAUGGGAAGUGCUCUUGUGGUGAUUACUGGUGAUGAGGGUUAACUAGCUAAGAAAUCAAGCUUGGACUAAUUUUAUUAUAGUGGCCUGCUAUCAAAGCUCAAGCUAUGUGGCGAAAAUGGUCUUCCAUUGGCAGCAGCAGGGUCAGUUGACUUUAUACUAACACUGUUAUGAUCAUUAGUUUUGCUAUCUUGUUAUCAUAUGAUAUGCAGUUCUCUUGGAUGUGGUGUCACACUUAAAUAGCAGUGCUCUUUAAGAACAUAUUCCAAUUUGGUUCCAUGAUUUUAGUUAAUUUUCACGGUUGGUGUGACUUUGGAUUAUCUGCCACUUGGGUCUUGUGAUCACUCAUCCGGCAAAAUAUCAAUCAGAAAUUGGUCUGGUAAGUGAUUUGGAGGACAAAAAAUGACAAGAGAUUUGUAGUUGUGCACUAAAAGUGGAAAAUGUGAAAGUCGGGAACCAAAGUGAACUUGAGUAAAUAAUCGUGGGUCCUAAAGUGGAAUAUUUUAUUUUUCUAAUCAUGUGAUUGGUGACUGGGACACUGGGUUUUACAUUAUGGUGCUAUUCGAGUUAAGAGAUGCUUGCACUCGAUUGUAAAUUAUUUUCUUUUGGAUGAAGACUUGGACUACCCUAGAAAGGUGGAGCAAUCAGCGGAAACAAAUUCAAAACCGGAUAUGUUACAAUUGCAUUAUAGUAUGAGUAACUUUCUAUCUGCAAAAGUCAACAGCAGGAUAAGCAACAUGCAAUCAAAAUUGAUGUGCCCUCCCUUGGAGAAACAUAUAUAUCCUGCUUGGCAAAGCUGUAUCAUUCUAUAGGUAAGCUGGUAGUUUUUUCACUCCACUUCUUCUUGAUAGUGUUUGUCGUUAUAAUCACGUCCGUCUAUUUUUUUAAUCAGGAAGCAGAUGAAGUGUGUUCUCUAUCCGUUCAAGAAAGCCACACUUUUCAUUUACAUAGUUUUUUUGUUUUUGGAUGAACUUUCAUUUACAUAGUUUUAUUUUAACUUAAGUAGCACGGAACGCGAAACAGAAAAUGAUAAUGUAAAUAUAAAAAAGUACAAGAUGAAAACCUUAGGGAAACGCGUAAAUAUAAAAAAAUAUCGGGAUGUUUUCCCAAAAAUGUUUUCAUGCAUUUUUCAAAAAGGUUUUGCAAAUAUGUGUGCGUGUGUUAUAAAUUUUGCUAGGUAACAACAAUAUGUUAAAAUGUAAUCCAUAUUCGUAACAAAUUGUGCUGAGAAAUGUCAAAAUUUUCAUUUUGAUAUGGAGUACAAACAUCCAUUAAGAAAUCUCAUAAAAGUCACAACUUGUAUCAAGUAUCCGCGUAUCCCAUCAAAAAGGUUAAACGUGAUGCCUUAAUGUUUCUAAUAUGUUGAUUAAAUAGGAAAACAAGUUCCCAAUUUCAUUUAAUUGCAAAAACGGCCCGUCAACAGGAAUUUCAAGUUUCUACUUUCUAAGUUUUAAACCUGUCCUAGUUUUCAAAAAGGCAAAAUGUAUGCUUUAUGGACUUUCUGCGCUUUUUAGAUUGUAACUAAUAUUUGUUGUCUGAAACAUACAGAGGGAUAUAAUGUACGUAGUAUUCAUUAGGUGAUGAUCACAUGGCUAACUUUUGGACACUAGAUGAAGCAAUAGGCACAUAGGACUGAUUUUGUAUAAUUUAUAAUGCCCAUUUUUUUGUCUCCCUAGCAUAACUCUUUCUGAUAUUUGGUCUUCGUGAAUCGGGAAGUACACUAUGCAGUUCAUUCUGGUUGCAUUCUGAUCACUAUAAAACAGUUGUUGUUUUUGCUUCAGAAAGCUAGCAAACUCAUUAAAAAGAGAUCAUCUCCAAUGGACGGCCAAUUGUUCCUAAUAAAACAUCAUUUUAUCCUAAGGGUCUGGAUUUUAAUCUUGGCAUUCCAUUUGUAACUUUUUCCUUUGGAAAUGAACAAUUUGUCUUCCACAUUGCGCCAUUUGAUACUGAAUUUUCGGUGACGCACAAGGACCCCUUUUUUUCACAUUUAAUGGAACAACUCAGACGGAUUCUGAGGACAAGCAUCAAUAUUUGAUGUAUCAAGAUCAACUUCAUUGCAAGGACAUUGUCUCCAGUCUCCACGAGUGUUGAAAAGCCAAGUUGAUGCCAAACAGGUGGUUGAGUCUAUUCCAUUGUAGGAACCGGAGAAAAGCCUAAAACAACAUGCAAGGAGUUUAUUAUGUCUGUGACGAAAUUAAUUGUGGAGCCCUUGCUUUCUUUUGCUACCAAGGAUGGUUCAACUCUGUUUCUUCAUGCGAGGAGUAGAGAAUGAGUGCACACACAUUAAUAUUAUAGGACUAAAUGUUUCUUUAUGUGAGGAAUUAUAUGUUUGGUCACAAUGAUGAAAUAUGAAAGUAACCCAAUUUUGAAGCCAAAAUCCAAUGACUUGGUCACAACUAGACCUUGUUUGUCUCUCUCGGCAGUUUUUUUUAAUAAGGGUUGUCUGAGCAAUGCAACCAGAAGCUAACUGUAUAGAGCAAGAUGCUGAUGCUGAUGAUGAUGAAAUAUUCAUAAUAACAUAGUUUAGAUAAGACUGGGGCUCCUUUUGGUAGCCUGUUCUGCUUAUUGUGCAAAUCAGCAGAAUAAGUAGCUUUUGACCUUUAUAUUUGGCUGAAAUAGAUGUUACCAAAUGUUUUGAAGAUUAUUGCUGAAAUGCUGUUAAAGUUGCAUUGUCUGGUAGUCAAAAUCGAAAGUUUAAGUCUGUUAUUGCAAAGCCGCUCAAGGAUCACGCCGUUGCCUCUACAGAAAAGAUUGCUGAAAUUCUUCGAAAGGUGAAUGCAGAAAAUGAUUAAGACUUGCCUAUGGUGUUGGCAAAAAUGAAGCUUUAUCUACAGAACCCAUCUACUUAAUCAAUACUUUUCAAACCAUUAAAGACAAAUAUUAUCGAAGCACAUUCUUAAGUUCAAGUAUUGUCACACCUCAAAAAAGAUUAUUCACUGGAGCAUAUACCAAAUGUCGUAAAUACGGGCUGGACAUAAAACUUGACAGCCUCCUAUAGUUCUCCCGGAUUUGAGACACUGUUUUGAUUUCUUUCUUUCUAUUUCCAAUAUUAGUGGUCUGGGGCAUCAGAUUUGAAUGUCUCUCAAAUGUUGCAGUAGAGAACUUUCCAGUGAGCUUGAUUUGACAGUCUAAGCCUUGCUGCUGCAUAUAUAGAUGAAUUCCAUUACUGAAAAUAUGAUAUUACAAUUUGAGGCAGUUGUUAAAAAGUGCCAUUAGAGGUUGGCGUUCUCAGACUGAAUGUAAGCAUUUGAAACUAUUGUAUACAUACAAGAAUUGUGACGCCCUUGAAAAAGACUGCAAAUAGAGUAAGGAACGGUACUGGAUUUGGCUCACAAACGAGCUGUUACUGUUGACAUUAGAUAACAGUAUAGGCUGUAUAGCCGCGAACAGCACAUACAUUCAGUUGCAUUGGAGUUACCUUUGGC